UGUGUAAUGUGUGUGUGUGUAAUGUGUGUGUGUGUAGUUGCUCCUCUCUCUGGGGAUGCCCAGCGGCUGGCGAUAGCGUUCCGUGGAGCCGCGGAGCAGCUGAUUGGCUCGGAGGUGAAACUGGGCGUAGUCGACGUCUCCAAGGAAACCGAACUGACCAAGGAACUGAACGCAACGACUCCACCCCCUCUACGGCUCUACCUAUCAGGAGACAGACACAACCCUGUACCCUGCCCAGUUUUCCAGAGUUCGGCCUCCAUCGUAACGUGGCUGAAGAGGAGGGCGGGGCCUAGUGCUGACAUCAUCACUGACCUGAACCAAUCAGAUCUCUUCGUUGCCUCGGAGGAGCUGGUUGUUCUCGGACUGUUUAAGGACGUGGAGCGGGGUCGUGUGGAGGUGUUCUACUCGGCGGCCGUUGACCUCCCUGACCUCCCUUUCUCUGUGACCCGGAACCAAGACAUCUUCAGGAAGUACGACAUCACACAAGACUCCGUGCUGCUAGUCCGACAGUCUAACCCCGUACAGGUAUUGACGGUAACCAGUCAGACGUCGAAAGAGGAUCUCCUCUCCUUUAUCACCGUUCAUCAACUGGAGCUGGUUACUGAAUACAACGGACAGACAGCCAGCCGUAUCCUCUCCUCUCCAGUGUUAAAUCACGCCAUUCUGUUUGUCAAUAAGACUGAUGAAGGGUUUCACACAGUCUACUCUGCCUUCCAGGCUGCUGCUGCCCCCUACAGGGGAAAGGUAUUAUUUGUGAUGGUAGACGUGGACGAGCCGAGGAAUGGUAGAAUGUUGGAGUAUUUCCGUGUCCGGGAGAGUGAGGCUCCGAUGGUGCGAUUGGUUAAUCUGACGAGUCACGUGACCUAUCACCUGCCGUCCGACACACUGGACACGCCCACCAUUAUAGCGUUCUGUCAGAGCUACCUGGAUGGCAACGCACAGCCUAAGAUGCAGAGUGAGGCUCUGCCUGCUGACUGGGACCAGAAGCCGGUUAAACAGCUGGUAGGAGAGAACCUGGAGAGACUGGCCUUCAACCCUGACAGGACAGCCUUCAUUAUGUUCUACCUUCCCUACAGUGAAGAGAGUCGUUCUCUGUUCCCGCUGUGGGAGGAGUUAGCCCAGCACUUCCUGGACAGAGAGGAAGUUGUCAUCGCUCGCAUCGACGCCUCGGCCAAUGACUUCAACCUGUCGAUGAGAGAACGAUACCCCGCCCUCCGCCUGUUCCCCGCGCUGCACGCAGAGAGGGUGGUAGCCUACUCUGGUCAGAGGAACCUGAAGGAUCUGGUUAAGUUUCUGGAGAAAGAGAUGGAAAGAGCCAAGAUGGACAGGGCCCAGGAGGAGGAGGAUCGGAGGAAGUACAUUGAGGCUCAGAAAGCUAUUGAGGCCAAGGAAGCAAAAGAAGCCAAAGAGUCUAAACAGGAACUGUAGUGUGUUUACCUGUAGUAUAAAACCUGUAGUUAUAGUAGCUGUAACCUAGUAGUAUAAAACCUGUAGUUAUAGUAGCUGUAACCUAGUAGUAUAUAACCUGUAGUUAUAGUAGCUGUAACCUAGUAGUAUAAAACCUGUAGUUAUAGUAGCUGUAACCUAGUAGUAUAUAACCUGUAGUUAUAGUAGCUGUAACCUAGUAGUAUAAAACCUGUAGUUAUUGUAGCUGUAACCUAGUAGUAUAUAACCUGUAGUUAUAGUAGCUGUAACCUAGUAGUAUAUAACCUGUAGUUAUAGUAGCUGUAACCUAGUAGUAUAUAACCUGUAGUUAUAGUAGCUGUAACCUAGUAGUAUAAAACCUGUAGUUAUAGUAGCUGUAACCUAGUAGUAUAAAACCUGUAGUUAUAGUAGCUGUAACCUAGUAGUAUAUAACCUGUAGUUAUAGUAGCUGUAACCUAGUAGUAUAAAACCUGUAGUUAUAGUAGCUGUAACCUAGUAGUAUUAUAACCUGUAGUUAUAGUAGCUGUAACCUAGUAGUAUAUAACCUGUAGUUAUUGUAGCUGUAACCUAGUAGUAUAUAACCUGUAGUUAUAGUAGCUGUAACCUAGUAGUAUAAAACCUGUAGUUAUAGUAGCUGUAACGUAGUAGUAUAUAACCUGUAGUUAUAGUAGCUGUAACCUAGUAGUAUAAAACCUGUAGUUAUAGUAGCUGUAACCUAGUAGUAUAUAACCUGUAGUUAUAGUAGCUGUAACCUAGUAGUAUAAAACCUGUAGUUAUAGUAGCUGUAACCUAGUAGUAUAUAACCUGUAGUUAUAGUAGCUGUAACCUAGUAGUAUAUAACCUGUAGUUAUAGUAGCUGUAACCUAGUAGUAUAUAACCUGUAGUUAUAGUAGCUGUAACCUAGUAGUAUAAAACCUGUAGUUAUAGUAGCUGUAACGUAGUAGUAUAUAACCUGUAGUUAUAGUAGCUGUAACCUAGUAGUAUAUAACCUGUAGUUAUAGUAGCUGUAACCUAGUAGUAUAAAACCUGUAGUUAUAGUAGCUGUAACCUAGUAGUAUAAAACCUGUAGUUAUAGUAGCUGUAACCUAGUAGUAUAAAACCUGUAGUUAUAGUAGCUGUAACCUAGUAGUAUAAAACCUGUAGUUAUAGUAGCUGUAACCUAGUAGUAUAAAACCUGUAGUUAUAGUAGCUGUAACCUAGUAGUAUAAAACCUGUAGUUAUAGUAGCUGUAACCUAGUAGUAUAAAACCUGUAGUUAUAGUAGCUGUAACCUAGUAGUAUAUAACCUGUAGUUAUAGUAGCUGUAACCUAGUAGUAUAAAACCUGUAGUUAUAGUAGCUGUAACCUAGUAGUAUAUAACCUGUAGUUAUAGUAGCUGUAACCUAGUAGUAUAAAACCUGUAGUUAUAGUAGCUGUAACGUAGUAGUAUAUAACCUGUAGUUAUAGUAGCUGUAACCUAGUAGUAUAAAACCUGUAGUUAUAGUAGCUGUAACCUAGUAGUAUAAAACCUGUAGUUAUAGUAGCUGUAACCUAGUAGUAUAUAACCUGUAGUUAUAGUAGCUGUAACCUAGUAGUAUAAAACCUGUAGUUAUAGUAGCUGUAACCUAGUAGUAUAUAACCUGUAGUUAUAGUAGCUGUAACCUAGUAGUAUAUAACCUGUAGUUAUAGUAGCUGUAACCUAGUAGUAUAUAACCUGUAGUUAUAGUAGCUGUAACCUAGUAGUAUAAAACCUGUAGUUAUAGUAGCUGUAACGUAGUAGUAUAUAACCUGUAGUUAUAGUAGCUGUAACCUAGUAGUAUAUAACCUGUAGUUAUAGUAGCUGUAACCUAGUAGUAUAAAACCUGUAGUUAUAGUAGCUGUAACCUAGUAGUAUAAAACCUGUAGUUAUAGUAGCUGUAACCUAGUAGUAUAAAACCUGUAGUUAUAGUAGCUGUAACCUAGUAGUAUAAAACCUGUAGUUAUAGUAGCUGUAACCUAGUAGUAUAAAACCUGUAGUUAUAGUAGCUGUAACCUAGUAGUAUAAAACCUGUAGUUAUAGUAGCUGUAACCUAGUAGUAUAAAACCUGUAGUUAUAGUAGCUGUAACCUAGUAGUAUAAAACCUGUAGUUAUAGUAGCUGUAACCUAGUAGUAUAAAACCUGUAGUUAUAGUAGCUGUAACCUAGUAGUAUAUAACCUGUAGUUAUAGUAGCUGUAACCUAGUAGUAUAAAACCUGUAGUUAUAGUAGCUGUAACCUAGUAGUAUAAAACCUGUAGUUAUAGUAGCUGUAACCUAGUAGUAUAAAACCUGUAGUUAUAGUAGCUGUAACCUAGUAGUAUAUAACCUGUAGUUAUAGUAGCUGUAACCUAGUAGUAUAUAACCUGUAGUUAUAGUAGCUGUAACCUAGUAGUAUAUAACCUGUAGUUAUAGUAGCUGUAACCUAGUAGUAUAAAACCUGUAGUUAUAGUAGCUGUAACCUAGUAGUAUAAAACCUGUAGUUAUAGUAGCUGUAACCUAGUUGUAUAAAACCUGUAGUUAUAGUAGCUGUAACCUAGUAGUAUAAAACCUGUAGUUAUAGUAGCUGUAACCUAGUAGUAUAAAACCUGUAGUUAUAGUAGCUGUAACCUAGUAGUAUAAAACCUGUAGUUAUAGUAGCUGUAACCUAGUAGUAUAAAACCUGUAGUUAUAGUAGCUGUAACCUAGUAGUAUAAAACCUGUAGUUAUAGUAGCUGUAACCUAGUAGUAUAUAACCUGUAGUUAUAGUAGCUGUAACCUAGUAGUAUAAAACCUGUAGUUAUAGUAGCUGUAACCUAGUAGUAUUAUAACCUGUAGUUAUAGUAGCUGUAACCUAGUAGUAUAAAACCUGUAGUUAUAGUAGCUGUAACCUAGUAGUAUAUAACCUGUAGUUAUAGUAGCUGUAACCUAGUAGUAUAUAACCUGUAGUUAUAGUAGCUGUAACCUAGUAGUAUAAAACCUGUAGUUAUAGUAGCUGUAACCUAGUAGUAUAUAACCUGUAGUUAUAGUAGCUGUAACCUAGUAGUAUAUAACCUGUAGUUAUAGUAGCUGUAACCUAGUAGUAUAAAACCUGUAGUUAUAGUAGCUGUAACCUAGUAGUAUUAUAACCUGUAGUUAUAGUAGCUGUAACCUAGUAGUAUAAAACCUGUAGUUAUAGUAGCUGUAACCUAGUAGUAUAUAACCUGUAGUUAUAGUAGCUGUAACCUAGUAGUAUAUAACCUGUAGUUAUAGUAGCUGUAACCUAGUAGUAUAUAACCUGUAGUUAUAGUAGCUGUAACCUAGUAGUAUAUAACCUGUAGUUAUAGUAGCUGUAACCUAGUAGUAUAAAACCUGUAGUUAUAGUAGCUGUAACCUAGUAGUAUAUAACCUGUAGUUAUAGUAGCUGUAACCUAGUAGUAUAUAACCUGUAGUUAUAGUAGCUGUAACCUAGUAGUAUAUAACCUGUAGUUAUAGUAGCUGUAACCUAGUAGUAUAAAACCUGUAGUUAUAAUAGCUGUAACCUAGUAGUAUAUAACCUGUAGUUAUAGUAGCUGUAACCUAGUAGUAUAUAACCUGUAGUUAUAGUAGCUGUAACCUAGUAGUAUAAAACCUGUAGUUAUAGUAGCUGUAACCUAGUAGUAUUAUAACCUGUAGUUAUAGUAGCUGUAACCUAGUAGUAUAAAACCUGUAGUUAUAGUAGCUGUAACCUAGUAGUAUAUAACCUGUAGUUAUAGUAGCUGUAACCUAGUAGUAUAUAACCUGUAGUUAUAGUAGCUGUAACCUAGUAGUAUUAUAACCUGUAGUUAUAGUAGCUGUAACCUAGUAGUAUAUAACCUGUAGUUAUAGUAGCUGUAACCUAGUAGUAUAUAACCUGUAGUUAUAGUAGCUGUAACCUAGUAGUAUAUAACCUGUAGUUAUAGUAGCUGUAACCUAGUAGUAUAUAAUCUGUAGUUAUAGUAGCUGUAACCUAGUAGUAUAUAACCUGUAGUUAUAGUAGCUGUAACCUAGUUGUUGUGUAUUGAAACCUUUUUUUUAACCAUGAUUCUUAGUUCUCUGUUGUUUUUAAACCAAUCAGGACCAUGUAUCCCCAUGCUGAGCAACAGUCUAUAUUAUAUAUUAUUUGUUGUUUGUAGAAUUGAUUAUUGAUCAGAUCAAAUAAAGUCUUCCAUUUUCAUCUUUGA